CCAGGGAAGGGAACAGAGCUGGGAAGGGGCUGGAGCACCAGGAGGGGCUGAGGGAGCUGGAAAGGGGCUCAGCCUGGAGAAAAGGAGGCUCAGGGGGGACCUUGUCGCUCUGCACAGCUCCUGACAGGAGGGGACAGCCGGGAGGGUUGGGCUCUGCUCCCAGGGAACAGGACAGGACAAGGGGAAACGGCCUCAAGCUGUGCCAGGAGAGAUUUAAUUUAUAUAUAGAUAGGAUAGAUGGGCAAAUUUCUUCACACAAAGCAUGGUCAGGCACGGUCACAGGCUGCUUGGGGCAGUGGUGGAAUGCCAGCCCUGGAAGUGUUCAAAAAGCUGCGUGCAUGUGGCACUCGAGGGCAUGGUUUAGUGGUGGUGCCGGGGGAAUGACUGGACUUGGUGGUUUUAGAGGACUAUUCCAACCUUUACAAUCCCACAGUUCUAUGAUUCUUUAGAUCCUGGCCCUAACCUCCUGCAAGGAUGGUAGGAUGCUCAGGUGUGGGUCUGCAAUGGGAUCAGUGCCCCUUGGCACCCUGUGGCCAUAGGACAGCCUCUGGGGUGAGACCAUGGCCACAUCCCACCAUUCACCUUUGCUUUUCUAACAAAAAUUCUGGAAUUAAUCAGCCCUGGGGUCCUGUAUUCAUUUGUUGGUUUCAUUAACACAUUUUAGGUGGUAUUUAUUUUGUUCAUUUUAGUGACCUGAGAUCAUUGCAUUGGUGCUGUCAGGGAAAGGUGGAUGUUUUCAGCAGAAAUAGGUGAUUUUAGGCACUUGAUGAACAGAGACUGCAUGAACAAUGCUAAGAUUUUUCUGUUAAAAUUAGCAGCAGUGAAGCAGUUGACUGUGAUGACAUUUGAUAUUUCAGUCUGUUGAAAUGAAUAAGGUAGAUGCAUGACAAGUCAUGGAUUUGGGAAUAUGAGAACAUUAACAUAACAAUAGUUGAUCAGCCGGGUUUUCAACUAUCAAGAUAUUUUGUACAGCCUGAAAGUCUUAUCAGAAUCUUCUCUGCCAUGUUUCAAGCAGCCAAAGGGUAGAUCAUUUGACCUGAGCUAUAGCCAGAGGAGAUGGGUGCAUAAAACUAUGUCAAUUUAAAAAGCUGGGGAAGGUGUAAGAGGAAAAACUCACAAACUAGACAAGAUUAGGAUGACAAGUAUUUCUACUCCAUAAGAAGUUUUCCCAGAGGAUUGUGGCUAUCUUUAAAAACAAUCUCAGUGAGAAAUAGGUGUGUGUAUGAAGAGUCAGUUGACAAUUCCUCUCUGCAAUGUCCAGUGGAUGGACAGACCUUUAGGGACAGCUGUGCAUGGACACUGAGAAUGUCUUGUAGCAAUACUCAUAACAACUCUCCCUCUUUCAAUGGAAAAAACAUCAUGGGGCUGUCUUGGAUCUUUUUCCUUGGACUGAGUUUUCCCUUUUACUGCAAAACUGCAAAGUGCAUCUCAAGGCUUCCCUGUCCCGAGGGAUUUUGUUGGCAGUGUGGUGCUGGAAGCACAGUGUUUGCAGGUCCUGAACACAGCCAGCACUGGCCCUCGCUGCUCCAGAGAUCCUCCAACCCCCAGCAAGAUCUGGAGGCCACAGAGGGACAUCAUUUCUCCUUCUUUGACCAGAGGGAUAACCUCAGAGACCUGGAGUCUGUGAGGAAGCAGGAUCUCAGAAGAAUGAUAGAACAGUUUGACAUGGAAAGGACCUUACAGACCAUCUCGUUCCACCCCCUGCCACGGGCAGGGACACCUUCCACUGUCCCAGGGUGCUCCAAGCCCCAUCCAAUCCGGCCUUGGACACUUCCAGGGAUGGGGGUCCACAAUUCCCCAGAUUACCCCAGUGUGAGUGAUGAACCCCAGUGGUUAUUCACUCCCCAUAACUGCUCCUCCAUCCCUCUGUGCUGUAGGAAAUUCCCAGGUGCUGAGCUUUACUGGCUCAGCUCUCCUAAGGGAGAGGAAAAAGCCACCAGGCCCUUCCCGCUGCGCAUCCUCUCCAUGCUGUAAAUACCCUCUGUGUUCCCUUUCCAACUGACUGGUCCCUUGCAGAGGAGCAGCCUCGGGGGCCUGCGGAGUUCCACAUCCCUAACAAAGCACUGAAGGACAGGAAAGGACAGCGGGAGCCGGAUGCUGCCUGUUCUGCACCAGCGCCCUCCUUACUCCAAUUAUAUUCCUGUUAGAAACCUCCACCUUAUUUAAAGAGACACUGUCAACUGCCUCAGAGCUCCUUUCUGGAAAAGUCUCCCAAGGCCAUUGAGAUGUGUUCUUAAUGAUGGGGAGAAAAGCACUAAAGAUAAAGAGCACUGAUAAAAUAGAGGUGCUUCUAAUUUUUUAGGCUGUUGAAUCUAAUGAAUUAAAACUACUUCACUUAAUCACUGUAGUCCCUUCUGUCAAAAUUAUCGUCUCAGUUUCCAGAUGAGAGGAGUGAGGCAGGAGGAGCUGAGUGAUGGGAUCAAGGUUGCUCUGUGAGUUUGCUGCAGAGCUCUGGGUUGUAAGGUGGUAAAGAGACUGAAUAGCAUGAACCAGUGUUUGAGUGUUGGUAGCAGCAGGAAAUACUCCCCAGAGGCACCACGGUGGGUUAUGAUGUAGUCCCUUCUCUGGGAGGUGCUCCAGCACAUCCAGUGUGGAUCCAAGAUCUAAGGCUGGGUGAAUGCCAGAUCUUGGCUGGUGUGGUGGGCUGUGCCUAUCUGUGUACCACCAUGAAAGACCUUUCCAGGACUGGGAGAAGGGCUUUACUGGGAAACUCCAGGCUCACCUUCCCUCACUUCAAAGACUGCAGAUCAUCAGGAACCUCCUGAAUGUUUACAUCCCUGCAGGGUCGCUGCCAUGGUACUGAAGGUGUUCUUUCCAUCGUGCUGCUCCUCAGCAGACAGUGGCAUUCUGAUCGGCCGCUGGAUCUCCGAGCAGAACUCUGCUGUCAUCCUUGCUGUGGUACACUUCCCCUUUAUCCCUGUGCAGGUGAAGCAGUACCUUGGGGAAGUUCAGCGCGUGACUAAAGUCAGUGUUUCUGUGCUUGGCUCAUGGAGCAAUAGCAAACAGGGCAAAGAAGAGAGUCUCAGUGAGUUCUUGGAAGACCUUGGGACCAUAUUCUGCCACAAGCCAUGGAUCCAGAUAAGCAAAGAGGGAGACAGCAAAUUCUGGAGCUGUUCUAUCCUUCAGAAACACUCCGAGAACCCUCAGGAGGAAGAAAUCAUCUUGGUGUACUAUGACCAGCGCAAGGUUAUGCUUUCCCAUCUGCACCCCCCUUUGGACACAGCUGGCCAGAGGGCAGAGGACACCUCAAAGCUCUCGGCCAUCUUUGACACAGUAGCCAGGAGCCAGGUCCUGUUCAUGACAGACAGGUACGACGAGGGGCCCAUCAAGCUGACCCACUGGCAGUCAGAUGGGGUGGAGGCCAGUAUCAUCGUGGAGCUGCUGAAGCAGGCCUCUGUGCCUGCCUGCAUGCUACUGACAUUCCUGCUCUCACUGGUCUCUGGGAUCUGCAGGAGCAGGGUGCUGAAGUUUUGGCCUUUGUCUUUCUUGUGGAGCAAACUCUCAACUUGUGAGCAGCUGGGGCAUCGCCUGCAGCACCUCCAGAUCAUCAGCAGCAACAAGAAGGCUCAAAACCAAAAUCAGCUGAUGAGGAAAGCCAACAUCUUUGUGUCUCUGCUGAUUGAUGUGGCCCUGGGGAUACUGCUGAUUUCGUGGCUGUACAGGAAGAACCGCAUUGGUCACCUUGCUGACACUCUCAUCCCUGUGGCUGAUCACGUGGCUGAAGAGCUGCAGGACCUGCUGCAGUGGCUGAUGGGAGCACCAGCUGGACUGAAAAUGAACCGAGCCUUGGAUCAGGUUUUGGGCCGCUUCUUCCUUUAUCACAUCCAUCUUUGGAUCAGCUACAUCCACCUGCUGUCCCCCUUCAUUGAGAUGAUCCUGUGGUACGUGGGGCUGUCGGCUUGUCUGGGCCUGACCGUGGCUCUCUGCAUCCUCUCCGACAUCAUCGCGCUCCUGACCUUCCACAUCUACUGCUUCUAUGUCUACGGGGCCAGGCUCUACUGCCUGAAGAUCUACGGCCUGUCCUCUCUGUGGCGCCUGUUCCGGGGCAAGAAGUGGAACGUGCUGCGGCAGCGGGUGGAUUCCUGCUCCUAUGACCUCGACCAGUUGUUUAUUGGGACUUUGCUGUUCACAAUCCUGCUGUUCCUUCUGCCUACAACUGCACUGUAUUAUUUGGUGUUUACCCUGCUCCGGUUGCUGGUGGUGGUUGUGCAAGGCCUCAUACACUUGCUAGUGGACCUGAUUGACUCCCUGCCACUUUAUUCCCUCAUCCUUCGCCUCUGCAGAUCCUACAGGCUCGCAGCUGGAGUGAAGUUCAGAGUCCUUGAGCAGCAGGAUGGAAAACCUCUGCGGCUCCUUAUGCAGAUCAACCCCCUCUCCUACGGAGCUGUGGUCCAGACGUACAGACUGCCCACCUACAGCUGCUAUCCCAGGGACUCCUGGGCAUCUCUCUGCAAGAAACUGUUCCUUGGAGAGCUCAUCUACCCUUGGAAACACAAAGGAGACAAGCAGAACUAAAGACAGUGGAAGAACUUAGGAACUUGACCUGAAAAACACACUGACUCAAUGCUUUGGGACCAAAGGCUGCUCAGAGCCAGCAACUGCUCCAUCCCUUUAAAUAGAUUUUGGUAACAUAGGAAGGGCUGAAUUUUUAAAGGCAAGUAUUUUUAAAUAUUAUUUUUCUCUUCCCCUACACUGUGUUUGUAUAUUAUGCUAAUGAUUAUUUUGGAAGCAAAAGGUUAAACCCAUCAGUGCCUCAUGAAACCAGCACUCAGUGUCGUGGAGGGAGCAGCUCCCAAAUGUUUUGGUGAUGAAUUUCUCCUUCCAUGUCAGCUCACAGGGCCAUAGCAGAUCAACCCCUUACAUGGUUUGGAGCCACAAUGCUGUGGUGCCUUCAGCCAGAGCAUGUUUUGGAUCUUUUAUGCUUCAGCCCUCAAGCCAGCUGAUCAAAACCAUGUGGAGAAUCAGGUCCUGGAGUCCUGCACUGAAAACUGAACAGCUGGGUGUCUGAGUUCAUGGGAUAUUUAUUAAUUUCUUUUGAGGAGGGCUUGCACUCACCCUCACUGCAGUACCAGAGGUGUUGGAAGACCAAGGCUGGAGGCUCAGAAGCACAAAGUGUUUUAUCAUGAUUUGUGAUUUCUCUUAGGAGAGUAGUUUGCUUUGGAUACAUUUCCAAAGUGCACGAGUGCUUGGCUUUCCAUGUUCUGGUCUCAUUUCGAUGUGUCUCCUAUUCUCUCUCUUGGAAAGGGUGCCUGUGCACUGGAGGAUGUCCCAUGGGGCAUGCAGUGGUUGUGUCAAAUUUAAACAGUCCUUACCCAAAAUACACUUCCUCCAACUCUGCUCAUUCCUCUGCCCCAACUCAAACGAGGAGUCAGUGUCACUGUACCCUGCUUUUUGCACUGGCACAUGAGGGCUGUGCUGGAUCCUGCCCCUUUUCCCCUGGCUGCCCAAGGACCCAGGGAUGGAGGAAGAGGAGAAAGUGCAGUGGCUGCAGUGCCCAGCUCUUCUCUGAAUGGCUGCCUCUGUGCACCAGUGGGCAUUGGCAGGGCAAGGUGCCCUGGGGCUUUAGGAGCCUUCAGUCAGCACUGCCAGCAAGAGGGUCAGAGUUUCCUACCCCAGCCCUGUGUCCCAUCCAUGUGCUGGCAGCUGUCACAGAAGAGAAGGGAUAUCCCCCCCCUGCUUUAGGACAUCCCUGGCCAGAUGUAUUUGGGUUGUCUGGAGCUGCUGAAAGCCCCUCAUGGUGCAGUCACUGCCUCUACAGGCAUAGCCUGAGCAGGAGAAAAGGAAGUUCUGCAGGCAGGUGCAUGGUCCAGGCAAAGCUCCAAGGCCUUUGAGGUUUCUUAGGAAAGGGAGGCAGGACUACAUGGGCACUACACUACUCACCCUGAGCCAGGGCAAAUCACUGGGGAAAGCCAGUGUGGCAAAGCCCCCCUCACCAUCUGCCAUUGAGGCUCUGGCUGGAACAUCCCUGCCUGCAGAAACUGCAGAGAGCUUGUUCUUUGAUGAUCUGUGCUUAAAACUCCUGUGCAGUAUCUUCUUGUCUUGGAAUGAUCACUACCUGAGGAAUUCUCUGCACUCCAGGUGGGAAACUGCAGGCUGUGAUGCAUUUAGUGGAUGAAUCGUCUAAAUAACAUUUUCUCUUCAGCUGAAGUCAGAGUCAUGAGCCCCAUCCUCACCUGGCACUGAGCAGAGCAGGUUUACACCUUACCUCCUUCUCAUCUCUCCUGUGGAGCUCCUAAAUGAUAUCCCCUGGUUCCUCCCACGCCUGCACAGUUCAGUUUGCUGACUGCUCUGAGAAACUUUGUUAUUUUUGAUCUUGUGAAAGUAAUGUUUCUAAUAUCCUGGCUUUUAAAUCUUUCUGUGGGACCGGACAGGUCAUGAUGGUCCUGGUCAUCCUUGGGGUUCAAAUGCCACGAUAGCCCCAGUGAGAGCACAGAGCCAUGAAAACCAGCAGCUGUGACCUUCCUACUGGGAACCUGCCAGAUGUAUCAGAUGUUCCAGUGCUGGGUUUGUUUACUAAAGGCUGAUACUGACUCUGGGGUGGGGAAAUACCAAACCAAGAAAAACCUCCUCCUCAAACCUGAGAUCCUGACUCUCAGAGAACCUUGAGCAGCCCAGCUGGGCAGUGGCAGCUCCUUGUGCUUGCAGUUGUGUGUCGCCCAGAGCUGGUGCCUGAGCUGCCUCUCUGCUCCUUGCACUGGGUGUUCUCCUUGCCUGCAAUGGUAUCUGAGCAUCUGAGUUGCUUCUGCUGGAUGUUUGCCACGUCUCUCCUCUUCCUUUCCAGUCCCUGCUGAAAGAGUCUUCCCCCACCCUUUCCGACUCUGAGCAGAGACAUUACAACAGUGUAGCAGACAUCCUGCUCAAGAGCACUUGACCUUAUGUCAUCUCUCUAAUUAGAAGUUAGGGUCAGCCUCAUCUUCCACGGCAGCACAGACUGGCCCAGUGCUGGCAUUUCCUCAGGGAAGAGGCCGCUGGUAAGGCUCUUGCUCUGAUUUAUCCUCAGAUUUAUAUUAUCCAGAGCAGCCCUUGGAUGAGAAGUAGUUAAAAAUUCCAGAUCUCCCAUUCCUGCCUCGCACCCCUUAUAGCAGGCAGCAAGCAGGCUUUGCCAGCCGUCAGUCAAAGACUCUAAUCUUACGGGCUUUUUUUAAUACUGCAUUUUCUUAUUACUAUUUCUCCCACCUUUCGGUUCUCAGUGCUGCUACAAACCCCUUCUUUACUUAGGCAGGGGGUUUGUGAAGGAAAAUGUGAUUCACUGUGUGAAAAACUCUAUCCUGAAAAGAAAUUCUGCCUUGGAGAAAUACUUUCUUCCCCUAACCAGGACUGCAUGUGAUGAUGCUGAAAGGAAACCUCAGUAAUUACACUUCACUGAAAGCUCUGGUUAUGGGUUUGGGAGUUUUCCCUGAUGCUGCAGCUGGACUGUGCCCUGUUCAGGCCCACACAAAGACUGUUGCAAAAUAUACAAUCCAUAUGUUGACUUCCAGCAGUGUAAGGAAAAUCUGCAUUUCACCCUGCAGAGAACGAGCUGCUUUCCUUCUGCCCUGUGCUGCCUCUUCCUGCUGCUCCAACACCAUUUUCUUGCUUAACCCUAUCCCUCAGUGAUUUAGCCUUUAUGCUUAGACCUGCUGGUCACACGGUCACAGGAAGCUGCUGGAGGUUGUGAUCCUCUGGUCCAGCCCCUGCUCAUGCAGGGCCACCCAAGGCUGGUUGCCCAGGACCGUGUCCAGAUGGCUUUGGGAUAUCUCCAAGGAUGGCAAUUCCAACCCCUCCCUGGACAACCUGUGCCAGUGGUUGCUCACCCCCACAGUGAAAAGGUGUUCCCUGCUCUCAGGCAGGGUUUGAUGUGUUUCAGUUCGUGACCCUUGUCCUUGUGUUGUGCAGAGCUCAGCGACACCCUGACUCAGAUUGCCUCAGUGGAUGUGAACAUUAGCAGUCCUGUGUCAUCUCUGCUCCUGUUCCCCCCCUUCAGGCACUGCUCAGCAGCCCCUUUGCCUUUUGGGGGAUAAAGCCUUGGUGAGGGGGGAUUGCCUGUGCAUUGACUCAGAUCCCUGACCUGCUCCUUGGUUCUUUUCUGGACUUGCAGAGAGCCCUUUCUCUCCAGCCACGCUCCUGCCUGUGCUGAGCUCACAGUGGGAGCAGCACCCCAAACCUGGCAGUGUCCAGGUCUGCAGGGCCAGGGAACAGCCCCAGUGUAGAGCCCUGGGGCUCUGCAGGGUGAGUGUGCUGUGCACACACAGGGAACGGGUCUGGAUCUCAGCUGAUCUUCCACAUGACAGGAGGCCACAGGGCUUCCCAGCUGGAUUGGGAGUUUUGGGUGCAGGGUAAACAUGUUCAGAGCAAUGCAAGCCCCAUGUGGGCAGCUGAUCUGCCUUCCUGCAUGACAACUGAGUGCCCACCACCUUUGCCUCUGGCUCAGCAUUUUGCGUUAGGGGUUGCUGCAAGAGUCUGUCACCUUUUCCUCCAGCCCUUAGGCACGCCUGGGCCUCAAACCAGGAAAGCUCAGACUCCCCAUUUACCAUCUCAGCAAGCUAAAUAUGAGGAGUAUUCCUGCACUGAUGAGUGCUGCAGGUGACAGGACACCCCGCUGCAUUCCCAGGCAGGUACUGGGGCUGGGAGCAGUGGAGGUGUUUGGGGGAAGCUGCAGAACCCAGCUCAGAGCAGGGACAGGCUGCAGCUCCUCUGCCAUCCACUGUUAUUUAACAUGUGUCACUGGGGAAGUUCGUGAGAACUUCACAGUUCUUGUAAUCAAU